AUGCCGAAACGAUCUGAUCUUGGCCGUAAAUCGCGCAAUACACGUAAUCAUGCUGCAAGGAGAAAUGAAGAGACUGCAGAGCAACAAAGUCAGCAUAAUGAGCAAAGUAGACAACGUAUGGCCAGAUCACGUUCUGCUCAUUCGAAUGAAAAACGGGAAACACGUAAUAAUAAUGAUCGUGAAAGAAUGAGAAGAAAUCGUGCAGUGCAAGGUCAACAAAAUGCGAGCAUGACUCAGCGUAUUAGUAGACAGAGUUUGCACAAUUCUGUUAUAAUUGGAACCAUGACUAAAGUUUACGAACAUUGUAAGGCACUGAAAUUUCCAAAUGAAACCGAUGGUCUUUGUUGUUCCGGUGGAAAAGUUAAACUACCGAAAUUAAAACUUCCCCCUGAUCCAUUAAGUUCAUUUGUAUCGGGAACAACACCAUUAACAAGGCAUUUUUUGGACAAAAUUCAAACGUAUAAUUCGUGUUUUCAAAUAACAUCGUUUGGUGCUUCGAAAAUAAUCACAGAUAAUUUCAUGCCAACAUUUAAGAUUCAAGGACAAAUUUACCAUCAAGUCGGAUCUUUAUUACCAUUCGAGGAUGCAAAUUAUCAGUUCUUACAAAUUUAUUUUAUUGGUAAUAUCGAAGAUGAAAUUGAUCGACGCUGUACAAUUGCAACUAAUGCUCGACGAGCAAUAACAGUAUUGUAAAAGAUGCUUUGCUUUAGCGACAAAAACUCUGAAAGGUCAGAAGAUCGACUGACAAAAAUUCGGGAACCUUUUGAUAAACUGCGCGAAACAUUUAAAAAAUUAUUUUCUCCAUUUAGGAAUUUAUGCAUUGACGAGAGUCUGCUACUUUUUAAGGGGUUAUAUCCACUUGGACGAUUAUUCUUCAAGCAGUAUAUACCAUCCAAAAGUGAUAGGUUUGGGAUAAAGUCAUUUGUAUUGUGCGAUUGUUCAACGGGAUACAUUUUGGAUCUAAUUGUUUAUACCGGCUCAAAUACCGAGGUGCAAGCUCUUCCUGAAAAAUUCGGUAAAACUGGAAAUAUUGUUGCAACAUUGAUGCAACCUUGUUUAGGAAAGGGUAAUCAAUUGUUCGUAGAUAACUGGUAUUCAAUUGACAAAAGCGACGCAAUCAUUAGGACGGUUUCAUGCACAAGAAAAGCGCUGAAAUGGUACAAGAAAUUAUUUUUUCAUUUAUUAGACGUCUCAGUAUGGAAUGCGUAUUGUUUAUACAAAUUUAAUACAAAAAAGAAUAUAUCAAUGUCUGAUUAUCAUUUAGCGUUAAUAACCGAAAUUCUAAAGCAGUACUCGAAACCGCGGGAAUACAACACUGGUACUUCGUCAGUAAAUGUUAUGCGCUUCAAGGAAAGAUAUUUUCCAGCGCUGUACAUUAGGGAUUAAACAAAAAGGAAAAAUCCUAUGAGAAGAUUUGUCGUAUGUUCAAAGGAUAAAAAAAGGUGCAGUACUAGAUAUUAUUGUAAAAAAUGCAAUGUUGGCCUAUUUGUAGUCCCAUGUUUCGAAAUGUACCACACCAAACAAUAA